AUGGAGUUGAUGAAAGAAAGAUUUUCAAAGUUGCUCCUGGGUGAGGACAUGUCCGGUGGAGGAAAAGGAGUUUCUUCAGCUUUGGCAUUGUCAAAUGCAAUCACAAACAUGGCAGAACAAAAGAGGUUAGAGCCGAUGGCAGCAGACACCAAAGCAAGGUGGAGAAAAGAGAUUGAUUGGCUCUUAUCAGUCACAGAUCACAUUGUUGAAUUUGUUCCCUCCAAACAAAGGUCCAAAGAUGGAACCAACAUGGAGUCGAGGAAGGGCGAGUUGAGGUCGAUUGAGGUUUUUGAUGCGGUUGUGUUCUGCAGGUAA